AUGCGACGCCGACUCGCUCACUCUUUGGUAGCUUCCAAGACACCAGCCAAAUCAAGAGGGACAAGCAUCAAGCCCACAGUCGCAAGCCUGACAUCUCUGGCUUAUGAGAACGGUCUGCUGCCGAACGCACUUGACGAGCUCGUUGGCCUACUGGUUACACCCAGUCACCUUGAUCAGGCUAGUUUAGCAGCUAUUGCCAGGAAUCUAUAUCCGGUCGCCAGAGUAUCCCGGCAUGUUGCAAUCCGUGUCAUUGGUGCCCUCGGCCAUGGAAAUCUUAAGCCUUCGCUCAAUGUCCAAGUGGCUCUUUUGAAAUGGCUCAUUAUGGUCCACCACGUACUGGAGACCCCGGCUGUGCUUGCCCAGGCUUAUGGCGUCCUCUUCAAUUUGCUUGAUACGGCGGCAAUUAGGCCAAACAUCUUCAGCUUGAAUCUGUCCCGGCAGACAGCUAAUGAUCCCUAUUUGAUCGGCCUUCUGAGAGUUUUCAAAGACUACUAUCCCGAAAUUAUCUUGGGAGAGUUGGUUCGUGGCAAGGCUUCGGCUUUCAAGCACCCAGAUAUAUCAUGGAAAGAAAGGCUUCAAGAUAUACAAGACGCAUAUGCUCUACAAGCAGAGAAGAACUCACGCGGAGCUCUUGACGGAUUCCAAGUUAAUCGCACCGCAGGCCGUGCCCAAGGAAGGAGAAUUGUGCCAGCUGUACACACGUCUCACGUAAAUGAGAACGCAGUUACACUGGAAGAAAUUGAGAAUGCCACUGGCUUUGUCCAAAAUAUGGACAGAAUAGAGUUGCCAAAUCAGCUUGUAGCUGUACUUGCUGAUCCAUUACUGCAAAAGCUGUUGCUCUUACGUCCGAAUGCAGAAGCUUAUCAGCGAGUAGCGAACUGGCUGAACUCGGUUUUGCAGAACGUCAUUGAUGGCGAUGCUGACGAAGCCACGCUGUGGGAAGUUUUGGCUGUCGUAAAGGAGUUUGUUGUGGAGAGUAAAUCUAUACCCCCCGUUUUCCUGAUUUUUUUUGCCCGCUUUUUCCAGCAGUGGAAUGGGUCCGGCCAGCGUGGCUACAUUUUGCAGAUUUUGUCGUAUGCUCCCCUGUUGGAGUUUCAAGAGCUCUAUGAACACAUCCUACAGCCGUUGGAAUUGGCUGUCUUGGACAAUGCCCCUGGUUCACAGGUCGACAUAUUGACUUUAUACACCAACAUACUUCGCCAUUGGAUUGCCAUGUUACAAUCUAGUGACCCCAUUCCCCCCCAUGCCAACACGAGCCUGACGGCCCUUAUUCGCCAUACUGGACAGCUCAGCCUUACUCUUCUACAAACGUCACCUACAGAAUCGGUGAAUGUUGCAAUUGUCGAAUUCUAUGAGCAGGCAAUCCAGCUGGUCAACGAUGAUAUGCUAAAGUACUAUAUACGGAUUGAACUGCCACCAUCUGAGCUCAUCUACAUCUUCUUGUUCAGUGGCUCCGUAACGACAAUUUCCCGCCUGUGCGACAUCUUGGCAUGCUAUAAAAAAGGCUUUGAAAUGGCCAUGUCAACCAAGGCAAGAAAUGACGGCUCCAACCGAAUCGAUGCCCUCUCGUACGACCGAGCCUAUGUGAAUUUGUACAACGGCUAUCUCAUGGAUAUCUGUAACUGCUUCUGGCGAAGUCGAGCUUUUAGCGAUGCAGAUACCAAUUCGCACGGUUGUAUGAUUCCACGACCUACCGUCUCCAAGCUCACAUCAUAUGUGUCCUCGGUGGACAAGACCUUUUCCCUCCCUUCGUUAUUUUCCCUGUCAUACUCACCGGUGCUCUGCCUUCAGAGUAUUCAUUCGGUACGGGACCUAGAAGAUGCAGCCAUUGCGAGCGAUAGCUCCAUUCGGACAAGGCAUGCCGGGCCUGUGACUCAGGCUACCCUUUCGAAGUUGGCGACUUCGGGAGGCAUACAGCUUUCAUGGCAAGAAUAUCGUAUUGAAGUUCUCAGAUCGCUUGCUGAGAAGAACCUUGGCGGCAUUGCUGAGCUCUUAAAGAACACAAUGACAGUAUUGAAGAAGUCCAUGGAUGCAACACCGCGGGCACGAGCCAAAAUGCUAAGCCAAGAUUUCAGCUAA